AUGCUCAUUGUCCUCAUUGCAGAUCCAGCUGCUCAUCGUGAAACUGCAAAUGACCCCAUUGUCCGUUUUAAAAGUGAGAAAUUCCAUGGUCCACUGCAGUACAAAGUUUGGAAGAAGAUGUUUCAAGUAAUUCAGACAGUGGCUGAAGCUUUCACCUUUGAUCCAUUGACUGCUCAUCCUCACCUUGAAGUCUCAAUAAACCAGCGGACAGUGACUCCUCGUCGUGAAGCUUUGCCAGUUGCUUAUGCAGAUGGCCGAUUCGACACCUGUCUGUGUGUCCUUGGCAAUGAGCCACUUUCCUCAGGAAAGCACUACUGGGAAGUGAACGUCAGAAAUAAGACCAAGUGGGAUCUUGGCAUUGCCUAUACUUCUAUACCUCGUCAUGGGGAUCUCAUCUACAAGCCCAGCAGAGGUAUCUGGUGUUUGACAUUGCGGGAUGGCUGUUGCUAUGAGGCCUGUGAUGAGUCUGACAUUGAGCUUGAGAUCCAGCACAAGCCAGGCCGAAUUGGUAUCUAUGUGGACUACAAGGGUGGUGUGGUAUCGUUUUUGAAUGCCGAGACCAUGCAAACACUAUAUGUUUUCCGAGCGUCUUUCACAGAACAGCUUCUGCCUCUGUACAGCCCAUGCACAGUGGAAGAGGGGACUUCAAAUGACCAGCGACUCACCAUUUUCAAAUUGAAUUUGUGAUAUCGCUAAAGGCAAAGUUCACUGUUUGUACUGUCUGUGAUUGCAACAGAGAGACCCACUGCUCAUUGUUAAUAGGUAUUGACUGAAUUUACAACUGGGAGUAGAGUAAAGCUCAG